AUGGAUGAGGUGGAACUUCUCUCAGAACCCACAGUUUAUCGCCAGAUUUUAGGGAAGCUCAACUAUCUCAAGCAUGCUCGCCCUGAUUUGUCCUUUGUAGUACAACAUUUAAGCCUGUUUAUGCAAACACCCCGUCAUCCACACCUUGAUGCAACCUUCAGAUGCAUUUGUUACUUGCUUCAUGACCCUGGUUUAGGGAUCUUUCUUUUAUCAAAUCCAUCUCUCAAUAUCCUUGUUUUUUACGACUUAGAUUGGGCUCAUUGUCCCACUACUCAUAAGUUUAUCAACGGCUACUAUAUCACUUUGGGUUCCUCUCCUAUUUCUUGCAAAUCCAGGAAACAACCUCUUGUUUCCCUGUUUUCAGCUGAGGCCAAACAUCAUUCCAUAAGAUGA